AAACCCAUCAUUGCUGGAUUGACACAAAGACCUUUCCCGUGCUUUAUGACACCAGCACUGAGUCACAGAGGGCCCGCGGCUCCUAGCACCUGAGAAGCCCUAGCCGGUUGGGCUAAAUCUUGCCCGCGUGGGGCUGAUGGGGAAAGAUGGAAUUUCUUGGAACCAUUCAGACAGCCAGUUACUGUGGCUCCAAGAAAGACUGUAACUUCCAGGGGCUGCCCCCUGCUGGGCAGGACCCUGUGGUACAGGAGUGCUACCACCAACCCUUUCACCUGCCCCGGUGCCGCUCUGCGUGGAGACCCAGAGUCUUCUACAAGGUCGCCCCCAGCCAGACAUGUCCGGAUUGCGCAGGCGACCGGCGGCCGCCCACCACCCUGCCCUCGCUCCGCUCCCAGUUCUCCAAUCGCUAUACCCAACGCGAGUGGGACCGCUCCAAUGAUCUGCUGAUCAGUGUGGCAGAGGCAUCGCGGCUCCGGGCCAGCCGGAUGACAGACGACUCCCUACGGAUCAUACACGAUAAGGACCAGCUGAUACGCCAAAUGCAAGAGGGAACCUCCCGGAACCUGGGCCAGAGGCUAUCGGACAUCCGCUUCUGGAAGUCUGGGUUGUGCCACGAGCGGGACAUGCUUAUGGCGGAAUCCAACAGCCUGAAGAUCCUGAGGAGGCGCUUGGAGUGCGCGGCUGAUGAGGGGGACAGUCCCCUGCAGAUGGCUCUGGACUGUCUGUACAAUCCAGGGGAAAGGCUCGGGAUUGACCUGGUCUAUGACAACCUGGGGAAAAACCUUAUCCGGGAAGCAGAUUUACUAAGAUAUUGCCAAGAUCAGAUGAGAAAAUUAGCCAAACGAAUUGAUUUCCAGAUACAAAAUAACCGAGAUGCUCAGCAUGCCCUAGAGCGGGACAUUGAGGACAAGAGCUGUGCACAGUCAAUCGACGAGAGAUGUUUAAACCUAAAAAACACACCUGACUCCAUCAACUUCUUCCGUGGCAUGGAGAAGUUUGAGGAAACGAUCUCCGAUCCUGAUACCUGGGCCAAGUUCAGCAACAACAACAUCAGACACGCGCAGAACAUGCGGGCCAAGUCUGUCCAGCUGCGGGAGGAGGCGGAGCACCUGUUCGAGACCUUGUCAGACCAGAUGUGGAGGCAGUUUCACAACAUCAACCUGGUCUGUCCUACUGCCCACCCCGGAGCUCCGCACCGCCCCACCAGAGUUCAGGCUUGGGGCAAACACCAACUACGACCCAGCAGCUGCAGACCCGUUUUCUAGGAAGGCAGAUACCACUCACGAGCCAGCAGCCGUGGUUCAAUCCUGAAGGAACCUCCAGGCUUUUUUUUUUUUCUUCUUUUUUUUUUUUAAUACACAGUCACCUUUAUUAGUUAUACCCCAGGUUAUUUUUCUUAAAAUAAUAUUUUACAUCACUAAAGCAAUAGCACCACAUUAAUUAAAUUCAUGCAUCCCUAAUA